GACUCCUGGAAGCUUCUCCACAGGAACCCGAGAUGGCGGCGCUGACUGGUUCUCCCUCAGCGGGGCUGCCUGCCUUGGCGACGGCCGCCCCGAAUCCCGCCCCGCCGCCGCCGCUACCAGCCCCGCCUGGCUACCGGACCUUCGAGCCUGAGGCGCUGGGGCUCAACCCGGGCUGGAGGCUCACCAGCUACGGGGAGCUGCGGGGCUGAGGCUGCAAAGUCCCCCAGGAGACGCUGCUCAGGCUCCUGGAGGGACUCGGCGGUCCCCGCCCCGGGUUGGCCGGGGCGGGGGAUGAUGCGGCCGCGGCGGCUGCCGGAGCCCUCACUCCCACCGUCGGUAUUGGAAUGGACUCCUGUGUAAUCCCCUUGAGGCAUGGGGGUCUCUCUCUUGUACAGACUACAGAUUUCUUUUAUCCAUUGGUGGAGGACCCUUAUAUGAUGGGUCGCAUUGCCUGUGCCAACGUGCUGAGUGACCUCUAUGCUAUGGGCAUCACAGAAUGUGACAACAUGCUUAUGCUGCUGAGUGUGAGCCAGAAAAUGACUGAUGAGGAGCGGGACAAAAUCAUGCCACUAAUAAUCAAGGGCUUCCGGGAUUCAGCAGAAGAUGGUGGCACCUCAGUAACUGGUGGGCAGACAGUCUUGAAUCCUUGGAUCAUUGUUGGGGGAGUUGCGACAGUUGUAUGUCAGCCCAACGAAUUUAUUAUGCCAGAGAGUGCAGUUCCAGGGGAUGUGCUUGUGCUGACGAAGCCACUGGGGACUCAAGUGGCAGUGAAUGCUCACCAUUGGCUAGAUAACCCAGAGCGGUGGAAUAAGAUUAAACUAGUAGUUUCCAGAGAAGAUGUUGAAUUGGCCUACCAGGAAGCCAUGUUUAGUAUGGCCAUGCUGAACAGGACAGCUGCCAGUUUGAUGCACACUUUCAACGCUCAUGCUGCCACAGACAUUACAGGCUUUGGAAUUCUGGGCCACGCACAGAACCUGGCCAAGCAGCAACGCAGCGAGGUGUCUUUCGUCAUCCAUAAUCUACCCAUCAUUGCCAAGAUGGCUGCUAUCAGCAAAGCAUGUGGUAACCGGUCUAGGCUCCUGCAAGGAACAUCCCCAGAGACAUCUGGGGGGCUGCUGAUCUGUUUACCUCGGGAACAGGCUGCCCGCUUCUGUGCUGAGAUCAAGUCUCCCAAGUAUGGAGAGGGACACCAAGCCUGGAUCAUUGGCAUCGUGGAGAAGGGCAACCAGACCGCUCGCAUCAUUGAGAAGCCUCGUAUUAUUGAAGUGACACCCCGUGGGGCCAGUGCAUCCCCUCAGGAUAACAAUUCCAGUGCUAGCCCUGAAGCUGCCUCAUGAGGUGGCAAAACGACUUUCUUCUAUCCACUGUAGGCUCUGGAGUUGAAAAGCACCCUGAGGCUCUGGAUCAGUGCGCUCUUCUAUAGCACAAUAAUCCCCAGAAUAUUGUCCUCCUCAUUGGACAAUCUGAUCUGAUGCAAAUCUGAUGCAAAUUGGUUAUGAAUCCAUUUCUUGAAAGCCGGUAAAUUGCGGCCACUGUUGAUUGGGACAAGAUGGUAACUUGAAUGAUUUAUUGGAAUAGUUCUACCUGUUCUUGAGCUCUCCCAGCUUUUGGUCAGACUGAGCAGCUGGACCAAAAGGAGGGUGGGGUGAUUGUAAAAGCCAUCUGGUUGGGCCAGAAGCUGCUCCUCUCUUCAUGAAGCACCUCCUUUAAAUCCCAGUCGUGGGCUUGGAGGAGCAGAGGAACACUAGAGGAGCAGUACCAAGCUCAGCUUCAUGGAUUGUUCCUUGGGUUGUAAAUUAUUGGUGAUUUGAGUUAAUAAAAAAAAAGUUGAUUUCUAUAGCUAA